AUGAAGAAUAUUGAGAUGUCCAACUCCAUGGAAAAGAUAAACUCCUUGAAGACAAGAAAAGCAUGUGAUGUCACUGCUCAAAGUGUUGAAAAUGCUAAUAAGAAUGAAAAUGCCCAAAAUAGAGUGACUUGGACUCGAAAGAUUGAGUUUACAUUGGCUGGAAUCGGCUAUUCAGUGGGUUUAGGCAAUGUCUGGAGAUUCCCCUUCUUGUGCUAUAGGAGUGGAGGAGGAGCGUUUUUGAUUCCCUUCUUCAUUAUGUUUGUGCUACUCGGAAUCCCACUUCUCUAUCUGGAAAUAUCUAUUGGACAAUAUUUAAGAACUGGACCAGUUGAAUCCUUAGCCAAAAUCUGUCCCCUGCUCAAAGGUGUUGGCAUAGCGACAGUGGCCAUUUCCUUUGUUAUGUGCACAUAUUACAAUCUUAUCAUCUGCUGGGCCAUGUAUUAUCUCAUCAAUUCCUUUCAGAACCCACUGCCCUGGCACAGCUGCAACAAUACCUGGAAUAUUCAAGAGACCUGCACAGAUAGUAUUACCACCAACAACAUUACUGUUUCAGCAAGCCAGCAAUUCUUUGAUUACAAUGUUCUUCAGAAGACAAAUGGUCUGGAUAACCUUGGGAAUAUGCGCUGGGAGCUUUUUGGUCUUCUGAUUCUUGCCUGGGUGAUUGUUUAUUUCUGUAUAUUUAAAGGGGUAACGUGGACUGGAAAGGUUGUAUACUUCACUGCACUCUUCCCUUAUGUAGUGUUGCUUGCAAUCCUCAUUAACAAUGUGCAACUUCCAGGAGCUGUAAUCGGAAUCAAUUACUUUGCCAAUCCAAAGUGGGAGAAAUUGAAGGAAGUCCAGGUAUGGGUUUAUGCUGCUGUCCAGGUCUUCAAUUCCAUUGGCAUUGGCUUUGGCUCAUUAAUUUCCAUGUCAAGUUACAACAAGUUUGACAACAAUAUUCUCAGAGAUUCGUUGGCCAUCUCAUUAACUAAUGCAGCCACAAGUGUCUUUUCUGGAUUUGUCAUUUUCUCUGCAUUUGGCUACAUGUCCCAUAUGAUUAACGUCCCUAUCGAUGAUAUUGCUGUGGAUGGCCCAGGGUUGGUGUUUGUGGUUUACCCAGAAGCCUUUGUUACGAUGCCAGUUUCUCCCCUGUGGGCGGUUCUGUUUUUUGUUAUGUUACUGUUUUUGGGGCUUGAUAGUGAGUUUGCUAUGGUUGAAGUGAUGGUGACAAGUCUAUUGGAUGCCUAUCAAGAUUGGCUACUGAAAUAUUUGAAAAGGAAAGAGUUUGUGGUUUUGGGUGUCUGUGUUGUAGCCUUUUUGUUAGGAAUUCCAAAUGUCACACAGGGUGGAAUAUACGUUUUCCAGCUGCUGGACCACUAUACUGCUCAAGUGUCCAUUGUUUUCCUGGCUUUUUUUGAAGUUGUUGCUGUUUGCUGUCUUUUUGGUAUCUCUCGAUUGUCACGGAACAUUGAGGAAAUGCUGGGGACAAAGCCAAAUAUUUACUUGCGAGUGUGUUGGCUGCUGUCACCUAUACUGAUACUCAUUAUUAUGGUGUUUGUUAUCAUUGACUUUGAGCCUGUGCGUUACAGCACCUAUCAGUACCCAGAGUGGGGUCAAGGUCUUGGCUGGGUCAUUGCUUUUGUUUCACUCAUUUGGAUCCCUGUCGGAGUCAUCCAUACGUUACUCACAUUGAAAGGUUCAUUCUAUGAGAGACUCAUUAGCUCGAUCACUCCUUUUGGUUUCGAUCAUGACCGGAAGCAGACAGGAGUUACAAAGACUGAGCCUUUACAGGAUAUCCCAAUGGCUGGCAAGUCACCAGCACUGCAAAAUGAAAUGUUGAAGAACACUUCCAUUUAA